GGUCGUUCGAUGGCCACCCGGUAUUCGUACCGAGAAUUCGGUUUGUUGUGCGCGUUUUCGGGGCGGCAGAAAAUCAAUAUAUCCACUUUCGGAGGAACGGGGUUGUGCGCCGUCGGCGCGAAGUCGAAUCGCGACUCCACCAUACGAUAGACACACGGAACCGUCGUCGCAGUCGCCGUCGCCCCGUUUUUAUCCGUCUCCGGAACGCGGCCAUUUUUCAACCCCCUAUUCUUUCAUAGUCCGGAGUUUUCGUCUGCGUGUCGUUUACCCGGUGGUGACGUGCCGUGCCGACGUUAAAUGUCUUUACUUUGCCAAUUCGGUAGGGCAUAUUUGUUAGGCGUCGGACGCGGUCGGACGUUGGUGGCGUCGGUUGUGGUGGUGGUGGUGGGAUGUUGUGCGGCGAGUUCCGCAGUUCGGUCCACCUAGGUUUAUAUCAAGUGCGAUCGCCCGCGGCGGCGGCAGCAGCACUCGGCGGCGCCACCACCAGUCCCUACUGGUCGCUGCUGGCGACGCUCGUCAGAGGCAUGGCGGCCGUCACCGCCCAACACCACCUGCAACAGCAGCAGCAACACCAACAACAGCAACACCAACAGUCCUCUUCGUCGUCGCUCAACGACGACGAUGACAUUUUCUUGGAAAAUGGUUUGCUGAGUUACGAGAACCCAAACUACCGCCUCGGUCCGCCGGCGACAGGCGGCCACCGUCUCCUGGACGACGCCCUCAACUCGAACACAUCCGGAGAUCGGCUAUACGAAGAUAUUUAUCGGGAAUUGGACGACAUCUGCAAUAUGGGUCACGGAUUGAAGGGAGGAUCAGCGGGAGGUGGUCGCAAGGCCUAUGCCGCUCUCGACAUCGGAUCUAUGGGCGUCGAUGUCACAGCUGGGCCGGUCACUGUCACGGUCACCAAUAACAAACAGAUCAACGUCUCAAAUUUGGUCGACAAUCGGGACAAUGUGAUUGAGAACAAUGGGAAUCAGGAAGGGGCCGAAAGUGCCACAGUAUGGAACGAUUUAUGCGAGAAACAGCAACGCGUUAUUACUGAAGACGUGGACGGCGUGCCGCACAUCGUCGGUCAUCUCAACAACGAUCUUUACGCCAUCCCGAUGAAAAAGUCGCCGCCCGAAAAGCUGAAAACCCCAGAGAAAGAUUGGGACGGCUGCGAAUUGCCUCCCGGAUGGGAGAAACACGAAGAUAAUGACGGACCGUAUUAUUGGCACAUAAAAAGUGGUACGAUACAACGGGAAAUACCUAUUAUUGCGACCGAGGACAAACCUGAAAAGUCAGACGUGCGUGGCUUCAAAGAGACCGAUGUGUUGAUGUCGCCGUUCGAAAACAACUCGUCGGUAACCAGGAGCAGCACCAGUUCCGCUCUGGAUCUUGACGCCGACGACAGAAAAAGGAAAGAGGAUAUUUCACUCAAGAGAAGGAGUUACCCAUCAAAACCAGAUCAGGAAAUAAAAGAACGUCCGAUCAGGUUCGCCGUCAGAUCGUUGGGCUGGGUUGAAAUUGCGGAAGAGGAUUUGACGCCGGAGAGGAGCAGCAAGGCGGUCAACAAGUGCAUUGUUGACCUCUCUUUGGGCAAGAACGAUCUUUUAGAUGUUGUCGGACGUUGGGGUGACGGAAAAGAUCUUUUUAUGGAUUUGGACGAAGGUGCUUUAAAGUUAUUCGAUCCUGAGAACUUGACGGUGCUCAACACACAGCCCAUUCACACCAUUAGAGUUUGGGGUGUUGGAAGAGAUAACGGCAGGGAUUUUGCUUACGUGGCACGAGAUCGCACCACCCGCAAGCACAUGUGUCAUGUCUUCAGAUGCGACAUGCCCGCCCGCACAAUUGCCAACACGCUCCGCGACAUAUGCAAGAAAAUCAUGAUCGAACGCAGUCUCCAACAAAAUCUGGGCAAGGCCGUUUGCGGAGCGGGCGUCGACGCGAACGGCCGCAGUCUCGCCACGCGUCCCAACAACCUGCCCACCGAGCAUCGAAGACCAGGCAGGACAAAUCAAAUGUUUGUCUCUCAAUCAUUCCCGACGCCGAUGGAGGAACCGAAGAAAGUGCUGCGUGCACAGUAUUUGGGAUGCACUCAGGUGGCCCAGGCGACUGGCAUGGAUGUUUUGAACGACGCCAUCGAUCGUUUGGUCAGUACGGUGCCGCAGGAUCAGUGGCAGCCGGUCAACAUAUCGAUAGCGCCCUCCAUGAUCUCGAUACAUCAUCCAACAGACGAUAGACUGUUGGCGGAAUGUAGAGUAAGGUAUCUGUCAUUCUUGGGUAUAGGCAAGGUAAUAAAACAUUCGGCUUUUGUGAUGCACACCGCCCAAGACACAUUUAUGGCCCACGUGUUUUACUGCGAACCGUCGAGCGGCGCUUUGUGCAAAACAAUUGAGGCAGCUUGCAAAUUGCGAUAUCAAAAGUGUUUAGACGCCCAUCCACAGGGAUUAGGCACGAGUAAUUCUAGUUUGAACACGCCGGGAGGUGGAAUCGGCGCCGCCCUCAAAUCCAUAGUGGGCUCGCUCCGUGGCCGGAAGAGUAAAAGCACCGACUCCUGAGAUGAACUGCAAACUCUACAGGAAUAUGGAAUGAUUCCGGUAGAGCGCGAGGUGAUCAGGCAUCGGCAUCUGCAGUCGCCGCUCACUCCGAGGAUGUCGGCCAACCUGCGCGGUCUGCUGUCGCCCACGCUCGACCUGCGACGGUUGCAACUCGCCCGCUUCGACUAACCGCCGCCACCCUCUCUGUGUCCUCUAGUCCUCCUUUCCUUCCAACCUUUUUCCCUGCCACCACUGAUACACUCACCCACACACAACUCACUCACUCACACCGACACUCCCGCUCGCGUUCACGGAGUGCGGAGUGGAGGAGAUCCGUAGGCUAAGUCAAUUUGCAAUUAAAUAUGAAAUUGUCGCGGCUGCGCAUCGCAAUCGCAAUCGGGAAUUUAUGCGUUAUAUAUGACGAUUUACUACGGGUUUGUAUAGUAGGUAUACUUGACGAGGUGGCUUUGUUUUUAAAUUAAAAAAUGUACCUAUGAUGACAACUAUGUUGUAGUAGUACAUACUUAAAUGGCCAUUCUGCGUUCCACAAAGUAGCAAAUCUCGAUAACUGAAUGUUUUGAUGUUUUUUCUAUUUCAUCGCUCCUAUUCUCUCAAAAGUGUCGUGUAUAACGGACGAGUUUCCAUACAAAAGUUUCAUGACAAAACGGCGAUGUUACCGUGAAAAAAUCCUCGGCGCAUUCAAACAAAAAGUUUAUUUAAACGUUACCUUUCUUUGUAGUUAGGGGUUGUUUGAUUGCAUAUGCUAAACGCUGUAAAUAUAAAUUUAAUCAGCAUUUUGUGUCUCUGUCAUGAAACUGAUGUAAUUCACUUAAAUAAAACAAAUAAUUCAUCAUAAUUGGAUCACUUAAUUCAGUUUGACCAUUUGCUUUACUUCGAAACUUUUCUAACGAAAUGUUUUGGAAUUGAAUUGCAUUUAUUAGUUAAAAUAUUCCAUAAACAACUAUAUUUCCAAAUCGUUUCGUCAUAAUAUAUUUUACAUGUUAUACCAUAAUUAAUAAUGCCAGUAAUUAUUGAACGUCUAGUAAAUACGAUUAAAGUCGUCAAAUACCUACCGCCAACUGACUUAUUUAAGUAUUUAUUUAUAGUAUUGUUAGUUCCUCUAAUUCCGGUAACUUGUACAUUUUAGUUUUAUAUGUAAAGGCAAUAUCAACAACAACUACAACAACCGUUUAGAUAUAAAUGAAUGAAAAUUUAAACAAUUGUAUAUUUGUAUAAUUUAUAUGUAAUAUAAAAUUAAAAUUGUUGAAACACAAUUUCAUAUUUAUUUUUCAAUAAAUGAUGUUUUAGAGA